CUCCCCAAGCCCCCCAGCUCUCUGACAAGUGAAAUCAUACUCCAAGAAUUAACAAUAUAACUGAAAAAUAUGAAAAAAAUGGGAAAUAAUCGUCGAUUUUUGAAAUUUGUUAAUUCAAUCGCUCGUGCGAUUCUGCCCUAAUCCGCCAUUUUGAUUCAUCAGGCGUUGCGCGGCGGACAGGGUGGGCAAAAAAAAACGUAGUAGAGGUGGGUGAUGAUCAGUGGCAGUUUGUGCGGUGAAACGGAGCCUUUCACGUCGAUUUAAAUAUCACUGAUUAAAAAUUAAAACGAACAAAAACGAUAUAUAAAUUGUGAAUUUGGGGGUUAAAUCGUGUGUUAACGGCGUGAGCCGAGUCAUCUCUCGACUUUUGUGCAGCAUUUUUUGUUUGUUUUUGGGUGGAUAAGUGCACCUAACGAUUUGUCAAAAAUGGCUGGCAAUACGGGAAUGGAGCAAUUGAUUCCAAUUGUUAAUAAACUUCAGGAUGCAUUCACACAGCUGGGGGUGUCUAUGCAACUGGAUUUACCACAGAUUGCUGUUGUUGGUGGACAAAGUGCGGGGAAAAGCUCAGUUCUGGAGAACUUUGUUGGAAAGGAUUUCCUACCGAGAGGAUCGGGCAUUGUCACAAGAAGGCCACUCAUUCUGCAGCUUAUCAAUAGCAUGACUGAAUAUGCGGAAUUUCUUCACUGCAAAGGGAAGAAAUUCGUGGAUUUUGAUGAGGUUCGUCGAGAGAUCGAGGCAGAAACAGACAGAAUAACCGGUGGCAACAAGGGAAUAUCAAACAUCCCUAUAAACCUGAGAGUAUACUCACCAAAUGUACUGAAUUUAACUCUGAUUGAUUUGCCUGGUCUCACCAAGGUGCCAGUUGGUGACCAGCCAGUGGACAUCGAAGCACAGAUCAAGGGCAUGAUCUUUCAAUUCAUCAAGAAGGACAAUUGUCUCAUUCUCGCAGUCACACCUGCUAAUACUGAUUUAGCUAAUAGCGAUGCACUCAAACUUGCCAAGGAAGUGGAUCCAGAGGGUGUGAGAACCAUCGGUGUCAUUACCAAACUGGAUCUUAUGGACGAGGGAACUGAUGCAAGGGACAUUUUGGAGAAUAAAUUUCUACCUUUGCGUCGAGGAUACAUUGGAGUCGUUAACAGGAGUCAAAAGGAUAUCGAAGGGCGGAAGGAUAUUAAGAACGCCCUGGCAGCUGAAAGGAAGUUCUUCCUCAGUCAUCCAUCGUAUCGACACUUGGCGGACAGACUUGGCACACCAUAUCUACAACGCGUCCUAAAUCAACAGCUGACAAAUCACAUAAGGGACACCCUUCCAGCCCUAAGGGAUCGCCUCCAGAAGCAGCAGUUAACUCUUGAGAAGGAUGUCGAACAGUACAAACAUUUCAGGCCUGAUGAUCCUGCCAUCAAGACCAAAGCUAUGCUCCAAAUGAUUCAACAGCUACAGUCAGACUUUGAGCGGACCAUUGAGGGCUCUGGUUCAGCUCAAAUCAAUACCAAUGAGCUGAGUGGUGGUGCUAAGAUAAAUCGAUUGUUCCACGAGAGAUUCCCCUUUGAAAUUGUCAAAAUGGAGUUUGAUGAGAAGGAGCUGCGUAGAGAGAUUGCCUUUGCCAUUAGAAAUAUUCACGGUAUCAGAGUGGGUCUGUUCACUCCUGAUAUGGCUUUCGAGGCCAUUGUUAAAAAACAAAUCAACCGAUUGAAGGAACCCAGUCUCAAGUGUACGGACCUUGUUGUGCAGGAACUUAGCAAUGUCGUCCGCAUUUGUACGGAUCGAAUGUCACGUUACCCUCGAUUAAGGGAAGAAACGGAGCGAAUAAUAACCACCUACAUACGCCAACGUGAGCAAUUAUGUAAAGAGCAACUGAUUCUCCUAGUGGACUGCGAGCUGGCCUACAUGAACACCAAUCACGAGGACUUCAUUGGUUUCGCCAACGCGGCGGCCAGUAUCUAUAAUUCAAGUGCUCAACAGUCAUCGGAAAAUGCUGUCAAGGCUGGAAGACAUACACUUGGUAAUCAAGUCAUUAGGAAGGGGUACAUGUGCAUUCACAAUCUUGGAAUUAUGAAAGGUGGCUCCAGGGACUAUUGGUUUGUUCUUACGUCUGAGAGCAUCUCCUGGUUCAAGGAUGAAGAGGAACGUGAGAAAAAAUACAUGCUUCCACUGGAUGGUUUGAAGCUCCGUGACCUAGAGCAGGGUUUCAUGUCUCGUCGUCACUUGUUCGCUCUCUUCAACCCAGAGGGACGCAAUGUUUACAAGGAUUACAAACAACUUGAGUUAAGUUGCGAAACCCAGGACGAUGUUGACUCGUGGAAAGCGUCCUUCCUCAGGGCCGGGGUUUAUCCGGAGAAAUCCACCGAACAAGCUAAUGGGGAAGGCGAGGAAGUUGUACUUCGGGGGGGAACUGAGGGCCAGUCCUCCAUGGAUCCACAGCUGGAACGACAAGUUGAAACCAUCAGAAAUUUGGUAGACUCGUACAUGAAAAUUGUCACGAAAACAACUAGAGAUCUCGUUCCAAAGACUAUUAUGCAUCUGAUCAUUAAUAAUGCGAAAGAGUUUAUUAAUGGAGAGUUGUUGGCUCAUCUGUACGCCAGUGGGGACCAAUCCUCGAUGAUGGAAGAAUCGCCAGAGGAAGCUCAGAAACGAGAGGAGAUGUUGCGAAUGUAUCAUGCUUGCAAAGAAGCUCUUCGAAUCAUUGGAGAUGUUUCUAUGGCUACAGUGAGCACUCCAGUACCACCACCAGUGAAAAAUGACUGGCUCGCGUCGGGUGAAAAUCCCAGACUGUCUCCACCAUCGCCCGGUGGUCCCAGAAGAGGAGUCCAACAGCCACCAGUGCCCACAGGUGGCCGUGCACCACCUCCAGUGCCAGCUGGUGGCAGACCAGCUCCAGCUAUUCCAAACAGACCUGGGCCUGGUGCUCCACCAUCAGCACGUGGAACUCCUGGCCUUCCACCUCCCCUCAUUCCAUCUCGAGGGGGUAUCCAACAGAGGGUGACCCAGGCAGCGACACAGGCAGCCGCUAAUGCCGCAGUCAACGAGCUCAUGGAUGCAUUCAGGAUCAAGCGCCCAGUACCCACAAUUCCUCCCCGAAUUCCCGACAGAUCGUAUUCAGGACGUUUAAACUGAGUGAAGACAGUGCGCCCUAGUUUAAAUCCCUUAAAAAACAGAAAUAAAUUGAAUUCGUCACGAGAAGUUUUCCUGAAUCCAUUGAAACUGGAGGGACACAUUGAGGAUGGUGAUGAGGAGAUUAUGAUUCCGUCAACCUUGAAACAACUUCGAUGGAUAUCAAGGAGAAAAUUUCAAAGACUGCGAGACUAUCAAUUUUCCCCUGAGGUUCGUAAUUUUCUUUUUGUUACUGAUGAUUUUAUUUUUCUCACUUUUCUGGGAACUCGUGUUAUCGGGAGAUUGUGAUUUUUCGAGUGGACAAGUAUUAGAUGUCGUGGGAGAAUUAUUAUCGAACUUUUUGAGAUUUUUUUUUAUAGUUCGGGGUGAAGUGAAUUUAUCAGCGGCACGAGUUGGUUCAGAGGGAAAUGAUACAGACGGUUUUUGUGGAGAGUUAUUAAACGCUCUGCUAAAAAUUUUUUGAGGUAUUUGUUCUUGGGAUCGAUCGUUGAUGGAAUAAGUGAACAAUUAGCAAAUGAUAUUAAUGAAAGUUUGACCCAUUGCUUUUGGUGAUUAGGAAGUUAUCUCGUUAAUGAGUGGGUUUUGAGGGAAAAUGUUGAAUGAAAUUUUUGUCUGCAGAAAUUUUUUUCGUAGGCAAAAUGUCGUAGAGCAUUUUUUUUGUUAAACCCACUCGUUAGGGAUAAUUGCACAUAUAGUAACAACAUGCGAGUAAUUCCAUUGCUGAGGCACUUCACCGCUGAACUGAACAAUUGUACAAUCGUUUACAAUUAUUUAUUGUAAAAUAUCUGCUGGUGGCUCAGCUGGAAUGGGACGAAUCCCCUGGGUGCAGUGAACAUGUGAUUUUUUUUAGUGCUCUUGCAGUCAUUACACGAAAAUUUAACGAUUAAUUGAUAAUCAGUAUUAGAGGGUUUAUUAUUAAUUUUCAAAUCGAUGGGAAUUAUGAAACAGAUUCACUGCGAUUUAUCGCGGUUCACUUUGCACUGGGAAAAAUUGUACGUUAUCCAUGUCGAUAGUCCUAUCGAUUUUUUUUAUUAUUUUUGUAAAUAUUAUCGAUGAAAACUAAAAGGGUGGAAAUGGAGGUGAAUAACAAUUUUCAUCUUCCAUUGAGUCCAUUCCCGUGGCCUCAAGAUGAUUUUUCUCAGUGCGACAGUAGAGUAAAAUUGAUAAAAAUUGCAAAGAAAACUAAAUUGAAAACCCAAUUACCUCUAAAUAAUUAAUAACGUCAAGAGAUAGGCCUACAGGAGAUGAGAGCUUGUAAAAUAUUUUUUUUUAAUUUAACUUAUUAGUAAUUGGACUAGUGUAUCGGAAUUACAAUGUAUGAAUAAAUUAACGGUGUGCAUUAAAUUUCACGUGCAUCGAUGCUUGAAAUUUGUAAAUGAGUAUUUAGUCGUUUAAGAGAGGAUGAGUAAAUAAUUAUAGUAUUACGUUUAGGGAUAUUGACGAUGUCGAUGGCAAUUUUUUUUUGUAUUAAAGUUCAUAACCAGUCUCCGCGGGGUUACACGACACCGACUGAUGAUCAAAAUGUACCUAGGCUAUUUGUGGAAAAAGAAUAAAUGAUAUUUGAGUACAAAAGAAGACAAGAAA